AUGGCCACCAUCUCAGAGCUCACUUUCAUCUGCUGGGCCCUUAUCUUACACGACAAUGAGGUGACAGUGACAGCUCUGGCCCAGGUCGAUAUCAGAAGUCUCAUCGGCAAUGUAGGGGCUGGUGGACCUGCCACAGCAGCGGAUAGUGCACCAGUAGGAGGUCUUGCCCCCACCACUGCUGUUCCAGCAAAGAAAGAGGAAUCUGAGGAGUCUGAUGAUGAUACAGGCUUUGGUCUUUUUGACUAA